AUGCAAGUAUCAGACAGAGAGCCGCCGUUCAAUGGCAAUGAAGAUAAUAAUAAUGACGACGAGCGCCGCGGUGAUGAUGAUACCGUGAAGGUUGCUCGAGAAAAAAUUGACUGUGAAACUAAUAAUAAUAAUAGUAAUAGUAAUAAUAAUAAUGGUGCAGCGGGGGAUUCCAAGCCCCUUGAUAAGGCGGUGGCGGACCGCCCUCGGCGGCCGAGCAUUGCCGAGAGGAGAGCUGCCAAAUGCGGUUUCAAAGCUUCCAGCAUCCGGUGCAUGGCCUCCGACUCUUCCUCCACCGCCGCGGUGGCGGCUCCCUCUCCCUCGUCUCUCCGGUCAUCUUACUUCACUAUUUCUCCCGGCAUUAGCCCCACGGCUUUGCUAGACUCGCCGGUCAUGCUCCCCAACUCUCUUGGACAACAAUCUCCUACGACAGGAACAAUGCAAUUUCCGGCGGCGGAGGAUGAAAAUUUUGGGUUUAACUUAGCCGGCGUCAUAGAUCAUAAUAGUCCAGAUGAGAUGAAGUCCAGCAUAGGUGAAUCCUCGGAUCCAUUUCCUUCAACCUCCGCAAAUGAAACGCCGCAGGUUUCAUAUUCUUCUCAAAUGCAGAUCACUCCCUCAAUACCUUUCGAUUUUCCGAUGGAAUCCUUGGAUUGCGGAGUGGAGGUAUCGGGUGUCGACACUAACCCUAAUUCCAAUUCCAAUUCGAAUCUUAUGUUACAGUCGCCGGUUAGUGGAGAAUGCAUCAAUAAUAAUGUUAAUGGAGAAAGCUGCAGCUCGUAUAAUAACCAGGAACAGGAGUUGGAUCACCGGAGAGGGGCCGCCGCGGCGCCGGCGGCGAAAUCGGUAGCUAAUAAUAAUGCGUCUGCCGCCGCCGGUGGCGGCGCCAGUUCGUCGGACGACGGGUACACGUGGAGGAAAUACGGGCAGAAGCACGUGAAAGGGAGCGAGUAUCCGAGAAGCUAUUACAAGUGCACUCAUCCCAAAUGCACCAUGAAGAAAAAGGUAGAGCGUUCGCCGGACGGGCAGAUCACGGAGAUCGUGUAUAAGGGCGCGCAUAAUCACCCGAAGCAGGCCACGAGUCUCCGGCGAUCGCCGCCGUCGUUAGGAGCGGAAAGCUGUUCGUCGGAGAUGAUGGGCCAAGGCGGCGGAUCUUGUUUCAGAGCUCAGGCUCCGAUUUGGGCAAACAUUCAGCAUUAUGGCAGCAUGCCGGAAAGACCAACAUUGGCGUCGAGCAGUGAUCUGACGGCGGAGAUUUGCGAUCCGCUAUCUUCGCUGACGACGAGAUCGGCGGCCGCCAUGAGUGGAUUUGAAUCCGCAGCAACCCCUGAACCUUCAUCUACACUUGCUAGUCAAGAUUGCGAUGAUAAUGAAGAUGCAGUCACCCAGGGGAUCUCCAAUUCCCAGUUUGGUGACGAUGGAGAAUCCGAGCCCAAACGAAGGAGAAAAGAUGGGUGGUCAACUGAGGCAAGUUUAUCAACAAGAUCAAUCCGGGAACCCAGAGUAGUGCUCCAGAUUGAGAGUGAAAUUGAUAUUCUUGACGACGGAUAUCGCUGGAGAAAAUACGGCCAAAAAGUUGUCAAAGGAAAUCCAAAUCCAAGGAGCUAUUACAAGUGCACAAGUCCCGGAUGUCCGGUGAGGAAGCACGUGGAGAGAGCUUCCGACGAUCUGAAAUCCGUAAUCACCACAUACGAGGGGAAGCACAACCACGACGUGCCACCAAACAAGGCGGCCGUAGUGAACUACAACAGCUACAGCGCCGCCCCGGGCACCACGGCCAGCUCAGCCAUGGCGAGAGCUCCGGCUCUCGGGGGCGUGGGGGUGCAAGAUAAUCAUCCAUCCUUCCCGUUUGAACGGAAACCCAUGAUUGCAGGUGGCGGUGGGGACGAGCUACUAAGGCCGGAAAUGCUGAACUGCUAUGCCGGCGACUUCAGGUUCGUGCCAUCCUCCAUUUACCCGCUCAAAUUCCCUCCUCCGCCGUUGCAGGGCCGGAGCAGCCCGCUGACAGCGGCCGCAGCCGCCGCCACCUACAACUACAGCCGGCCUCCGGGCCUGGUGCUGCCGGAAUUCCCCAUGCCAUUACUCCCAAUGAGCCUGCCUCCAUUCCAUGAACUCACCAAUUUACCUCCUCUUGCCGAUUUUCUGCACUUCAAUGACCCUAGCACAAAAGAAGAGCACAAGGAGAAUGAUCCCCACACAUCAUUACUAUACGAAUGAAUGAAAAAUAUGCAGUCCAUCAUCUUCCAUCUUCAUCCAAUUUUUUGCCUGAAUCUUGAAAGAAAGCUCACUUUUGUCUAGACUAGACAUUAGAGUAGGAAAGAAAGAAAG